AUGAGCUUCACACAACCUACGGUCUGGCCGUCAGAAACGUCGACCUUGACAGUGGGAAGUGUUUGGCUUCUCAAUCCAUGCAUCCGAUACAGCGCCAUAGCAGGCAUUUUGCCUUUGUACACCAAUUCAGACAGCUUGGGUACACCAUGUUGUGGUCCGAUCCUGUCCCGCCGCAGCGGCAAAGAGUUGAUUUUCAACCUAGCGAAAGAGGGCGUGCUGGAGGUACCACAGAUCGAAUUGCUGCUAACAAUGGAACAGCUCCUUCAGCAUGAAGUAGAUGCUAAGGUUAGACAAGAUGCCAGCACUCGUGCCAAGCUGAUACAAUGGAACAACCAGCAAGACCACACCGGACACAGGUCCAAGGCUUUUGCCACAGCCAGAGGGUUGAAAAAACCUUGUUUACACACAGUUGCCGAGCAGUUGCAAGAACAGGGUUUGAUCACACACACCCAUACAGAAGACAACAAUACCAUAGUGGAACUUGCAGUCUGGCAAGGACACCGUUUUGACAUCGCCUUUCCGGUGCAACUGGACCAACUCAGCUGCACACUGAUUGAUACCAAUGAGCACUACAUCACAGUAAGGAUCCCAGCAGGGACACCACAGCCAGACGGAGAGCGUACCGUCACACAGUUGAAACACUACACCCAGAUUGGGGAUGUAUUUCAACAACUCAACCAAUACUGGAUACCUUUCUGGCAACGCGAACCAGCACAGGAUGCGAUGACUGAAACAGACAUCGCUGACUUCGACCAGCUGGUUGCCGCACUGCCUAAUGACAUCCCUGACCUACAAAUUGAUACCCAAAAUGUAGACCUUUGGAUGUACAUUAUCAAAACUACCAAAAGCCACUCAGCACCAGGUACAGAUGGAAUCCAUGCCAGCGACCUGCAAAUGCUCCCAAAAGCAGCCAUAAGUGACCUGGUAACCGGCUUCCUGAAAGGCCGCGGGGCCUAUGAAGCGGCAUAUGACACGCAGCAAUGGCUGGAGCAGCUCGCCCACCAAAAGACCAGCCGGGCAGGCGCCACCUUAGACCUUGUUAAAUGUUUUAAUCUCAUUCGAAGAAAAUUUGCCAGCCGUGCCCUCCGAGCAAUCGGCUGCCCUGACCAAAUUGUACUCAAAUGGGAAGAAACUACUAAGGGCCUUAAUAGGUACUGGGAAAUCCAAGGGGAAGUUAGUGAUAAAAUCACCUCCACCACAGGAUGCGCAGAAGGAGACCCCAUCUCCGUAGUUGUCAUGAUUGCCAUCGCAGCACUCUGGAUAUUCCAAACACCACAUACAGCCAAUGGAGUGCGCAUUAGCGCCUUUGCAGACAACUGGAGCUGGGCAUGCACUGAUCAUGCCAGACAUGCACCCAUAGCCAAAGCAACCUUAGAAAUCUGUCGACAGGCAAAGCUGCAAGUUGACCUGAAGAAGACCUGGAUCUGGGCAUCCGACCCGAUCGCAGAAACUGAAAUUCAAACAGCAGCAGCAACACUUCAUCCUGACCAGGCUGCCCCAGCGAAGGUCCACACAGCAAAGGACCUAGGACUACAAAUGCAAUAUACAGGGGCGGCGAAACUCGGCAAUCUCCACACCAGAAUGGAAGAAGGCAAGGCCCGCCUCCAGAGGAUCAAACACCAACAAUGGCCUCUGGAGGUGAAGGCACACGUCAUCAAGGCGUCAGUGUAUCCUGCGAUGUUUCAUGGAGCGGAAAUAACACCCAUAGGCCAAGAGCAUCUGACCAAAAUCAGGCACCUGGUUGCCGAGUCCUUGUUGAACACGUCCUCUAGAUGCAUGUCGCCAGCUAUUUUGCUCAUGUUUUCACAACACAUGCUACUGGAUCCAGGCCUGCAUGUCAUCAUCCAGUCCAUGAAGAAAGCACGCCAAUGGCUGGUUCGAGCCAGCGAAGCGGAACGCCUUGCCUUCCUAACAACAGCCUCCAGGCACAGAGCCAUCAUAGGCACCACUAAGGGGCCAGCAGGCACCCUGAAAAGUAAUAUCCUCCAACUGGGUUGGGCAAUUACAAAGGAAGGGGAUAUUCAAGUCGCCAAGCACCUAACACUCAACAUCUUACAAUCCACCAUUCAAGACCUAACCUAUUGGGCCCAACAAGCAUGGAAUGAAACAGCAGUCAAAAUACAUACCAAACGAUUUACCUUGUACUCAUAUCCAGAAGCGGAUGUGCCCGCGACAGUACAGGUUAUCAAAAGGUUCCCAACAGCCGAUCAGAGAAAACUCCUGCAUGAAAUAGGACAAGCUUUCCAGACGGAGCAUCAAAAAGCCAAGUAUGAUGGUACCUGUGACGGUACAUGCCCUCUAUGCCAAGAACCAGACUCUAAGGAGCACAGGUUUUUGCACUGCCCAUCCAUGCAGGAGAUCAGAGCAGAACAUGCAGCAGCAGUUGCACUCCUUCAGGACGAAUGCCCAGGCUGGAUUGACUGGCCGGUGUUAUACAAACAUGAAAUGCAUGAUUUUAUCCAUGCCUUAAGGCACAGCCUUCCGGAGGCAGUCAUGCCGGCACAGGCGUGCCAACAGCUGGCCCAGAUGAACCAUGCAUCCGGCCCUUACCUGUACUCCGACGGGAGCUGCAGGUACCCAGCCGCGACAGAAACCAGGUUUGCAGCAUAUGCCCUCAUCGCAGAUGUGGCCCCUGACGAUCAGUGUAGACAAGCACAAGCAAUGCGAUUUCUAACAACCCAAGAGCACCCAGACACACUCACACCACUGGCACAUGGCCGCCUGCCAGAUAAACAAACCAUCCAUCGUGCGGAACUCAUGAUCAUAGUAUUGGCUACCGAGACACUUCCUGCAUUCCAGCUCUACACCGACAGUUCGGUGGCAAAAAGUGCGUUUGAAAAAGCUACAAUGGCCUCCUCCACCCAAUCCUUUAUAGAUAAUCCACACUAUGAUCUCAUGUGCAGAAUCUUUGUUGCCAAAAAACAGGGCCACAAGGUCCACAAAAUUAAGGCGCACAGGGAGCUGCAAAAGCUCACAGAUCUUUUAGAUAUCUAUCAUGGCUUAGGAAACCAAAAAGCGGAUGGCCAAGCCGCACAUGCCCUGAAUACAUCCAUGCCGGAGAUCCUGUCCGAACUGGAAGCAUACCAUGUAAGUGUCCACCAGGACCAAACCCACCUGAGUCAAGUUUUCAACUAUAUCCUUGCGCUGCAGAAUGCGAGAGCCCGAGCACAAGCAGUAACCAAGGCAUAUAUGCCCACAGAAGAAGUCCAGAAUGAUCCUGUAAGUUUUUUGGGAGCAUGGACUGCAGAUGAACUUUGGUCUCCGCCGAGACGCCAACUACAAAACCAGGGGCUCAGAGAUUGCGCCUUUGGGCUUCAAGUCGCAUGGGCAUGUCAGCAAUGGUUGCUCACGUGCAAAUGGCCCACAACAUACGUGGGCCCCCAAAACAAAGUGGUAGGUAUUUCUUGGAUCGAGGUGGCACUGGCCAUCAUGAAACACUUGCGUGCAUACCUCCCGGUGAAACGCCAAAACACUGACGGGGACACCUACGUCAUCUUCAUCACCAACUAUGCACAGGCGCGCGCGCAUCAGGUAACCAUGGUUGAGCAGAGCGAAACGGCUUGUGGCCUGGUCAAACAGGUCCUUGAUCUUAUUCCAGAAAGACUGACUCCUGCGGUACCUUACGGCCAAGUCAGAUCCAUGUACAUGUUAGGUGAUAAAGGAUUUCGCAGUGGUUUUCAACUUCGCCCGGAGUUUGAGGGACAACGGGAAGUGGCACUGCAAGCGCAGUGGUACCUUCAGAACGGGAAAGCGUUACCCAGGCUUUUUGAACAAGACUGCAGACAAUGGGAAUGUGACCAAAAGAAUGCGGGUAUGACCUGGGAUAAACGCAUGCAGGUGACGAAACAACGGCAGAAGCUGGUCGCGGACGUUCGAGGCGCUUAG